UACCCGUCUACGUGUAUUAAUAUUACAGUAAGCGUUGAUUCUGCUGUAGCUAUCACGUACGAUCAGAAACACGCCAGUAGAUCACCGCGAGACACCAGAACACAGGUGCACAGGUGACGGGACAGGUGAUGCGUGUGAGCGUGUCGCCGGACAGACACCCGAGAGCCACGCCGCCGCAGGAUGAGGAUCAUAACUCGGCGCCGCGUGAAGGUGCGCGUGACAGUGAAGCGCGGUGACGGCAGCGUGACGAGCAGCGGCUGGGAGUACCAUGGAAAGCGGGAAGACGAGGAGGAGGAGGAGAGAAAACCGGCGGGGAAGGACGCCAGUGGAAGGGUGACUCCGCCAGCUGAUGGGAAGGGAACGGGCAGUGACCUCCGCCCCACAUCCCUUCCCCUGAUCUGCGUGAGCCCCUACAGCCCCGUGCACAAUGGCGGCGACGUGGGCAAGGAUGAGGUGGAGGACGCAGAAUAUGCAGACGCGACAAAGAGCUCCGCCUACGAAAGCGUGGAUACCAUUUAUGAAGACGUGGGGAAGAAGAGUUACCGCGUGCGCUUCGGAGAGGAUAAGCACGCCGAAGAAAACGGAAGCCUCUACUCGACGGGCGCGAUACCGAAGAGGGGGAGCUCCUCUACCUUGACCAUGAUGGAUGAAGAGGAGGAAAGGGACGAGAACAUGACUGCAGAAGACGAGAGUAAAGGCAGGAAUGGUAGAUUAGAGGAAGAUGACUUGUAUGAACCGGUCGGCGAGUAUGUGCGUGAGACGAAGAUUUCUGCGGCUAACACGACGACGACGACCAAGACUAAGGAACACAGCGCAAACGGGACCAGGAAAAUCGAAGUCAUUCUGUCGUCCAGUCGGGAUGACGACGACAAUGAUGACGAGGAAACAGGCCAAACGAAAGAUGGGAGCAAGGCGUGGAAGAGAGGGAAGGUGGAGGUGAAGUUUUCCCCAUGGCAGACAGGGAAGGGUCAGAAAGCAACCAUGGCCGAGGCUUUCAGCAGGGGCGGUAGUGACGUGCGGGUGGAACAGAACACGGAGUUGUCCUUCAGCGACAGGGACAAGAACGGAGCACAGUCAGGGAGCACCAAGGAUGAGAGUAGCGAGUGUCCGUACGAAGUCCACCACAGGUCCAAUAUUCGAGUGAGUGCUGAGGACUUGACGGACAGCGACGGUAAAAACGGAACGGAGGAGGAGAUGGAGGUGGAGGAGGAGAAAAGGAAAAGAAGUGCAAGUAGCCGGAAACAAAGCGGUUAUAAAUUCGACGAGGAAGACUUUAGCGACGAAGAGCGAAAGUCGCGUCCCCGAGGCCGCUCAAGGGUGAAGAAGAGGAUGGUGGUGAGGGUGGACGGGCGAGGUCACGAGGACGCGCCUCACGCCCUUCUCAAAACCUUCUCCAGGACGGUCGUCACGUUUGGAAGAGAGAGCAGCGGGUCGCUCGAGAAGGUGCAGGACGCCCUCACAGACGGCAAGCUCAGCGACUCAGACAAAGACGAUUCCGAUUCUUCCGUCAUCUUCCUCGAAACUUACGGCGUUGACCCUCGACUCCUGAGGAACGACGGCGCUGAAGAAGACGACGAGGCGGCCACCAAGCAGAACUCUUGUCCUGAUAGCGACUCUUCUUCCUUAUGCUUACCGGCAGCUUUUGCUCUUGAACCUAACUCCGAGUCUCUAUAUUCCGAGCGAAGCAACGACGGCAGCUGUACCGAUCAAGGCUCACAGACCGACUCCUCAACUGAUACGUUAGUCCUUGACGGUCCUCUUUCGUUGGGAGAUAUAACGACCUCAAGUGAUCCUGUUGUGUUACUCGAGGCAAAGACGCAGGAGGACGUCGAACAAACUAAAAUCAAAAUAAAACCAAUUCAGAACAAGACGGAGGAAGCUCGAAGUGCCUCUGAAGACUCUCCAGAAGACCUCAACGACUUCGACUCGUCUUUCCAGAGGCAGAGUGACGAGGAGGUGAGCUCAAGAACAAGUUCAUUUUUUUCAAACUUCGAAGAAAAGUUGGAACAAGCAGAGCGUCAGUUCCCCAACUUACAAGCCGAAGAUCUGCUUGUUGAGGAAAGGGAGAGAAGGGAAAAUUUUAUUUCUAGCCCUCAAUUGGCAUGCGAAGGAGCGACUGAAGUAGUAGUGUCCUCUACUGAGGAGAAGAGGGUUGACGAGACUUUAAUAAAGACCUCCUGCAUCAGAAAACUGGAGCCCAAGAUGGGACAGUACUACUCAAGCGUAUCGGGAGCCGGAGCGUCGAAGGGCGGGGAUGUCUCUGGCUCUUUACCAUCCUCGCCUCGGUCCUCGGAAGGGUGGCGCAUAUCCAUGGCUUCCACCGCUACCGUCGGCUCCUCUGCUACAGCUGGUUCAGAUGAUACAGUAGCAAAGGACAUGUCAGAGCUUUCUUCAGUCAACUCUUGUCUUUCUGAUCUUGACGAGACGCAGACGGACGGGAAGGUUCCUCCUGCAGUGGCUCCAGCGGCCCCUGACCCUGACGCCACGGCAAAGGCACCGCCAGUCCCACAGAGAAAGAAGCAGACGAGUAUCAAAGACGCAAUAGAUGAGCUGGAGAGCAUUGAACAGGCUGCGCAAACACUCUUGUUGAAACGACAGUGCUCCAGUGAGGACGAGAGACUUACUCCCGUGCCAAGCAAAGACUCAUCCGUAUCCAUGCCACCCAGCGGUCCCUCGACGAAACUUAAUGACAAAAUGAGUCCCCAAACCAGAAAGAAAGUGACCCCCAGUCCUCCACCACCUCCACGCUUUGCUGACGACCCUCCUGUACCUCCGGAAGGGGACGCGAUAUCAGAGAAGCUUGAGCAAAGCCUAUCUUCCCUUGAGACUUCUCUCCAGGAGGUGGACAAGGAGAUGUUGGGUCGGCAGGAGACUGCCGUUGCUGGAGGAAGCUCGUCUCCGAGGCUGCCACGAGCCGAUCAGGUCAACGAUGCAAAAGCUGAAGUAAAGCCGCCGUUGCCGCCAAACCUGGGCGUCCAGCAACCCAAGUUGGAGGUGAAGCGGAGGCUGUGGACAAAGUCAAAGGAGACUCAACCGUACAUUUCUCGUGAGUCUUAUAACGAAGAAGAGAUUAUAAAGGAGCUAGAAAGACUGCGGCGUAGCUUCCAGGAGAACGACCUCAACGACUUUCUGGACAACCUUGACAACACAGCCAUUGAGUACGACAUUGAAGAAGCCUUUCUUACACAACUGCUGCAAGAUAUCAGCGAGGAUGUGGAAGCCUUGCCGGAAGGGUUAACAGAAAAGAUUGUAGUAAGGGUUGACUAUGAAGCGACGACAGACACCUCGUCGGAGGCUAGCAGUGAAGAAGUCGCACGAGAGGGCCACGGCUCUCCUUCAGCCUCCAGUAAGCUGGAAAAAGUAAAAGAGAAGAUCACGGAGAGGAUCAGGAAGCGAAAGGCAAGUAAAAGCAGUGACAGUGGGAGUUCUGAUGCUCCCUCUGUGGUCAAGGAUGACGACACCAAGAGUGAGUCCUCAGUGGUGGAGAAUCAGCACAUCACGCCCCAGACUGAGUCCUCAACUCCAUCGCAGCCCCUCGAGCACGAAAGCUCUGCCUUGAUAAUUACACCAGACGUGGCCAAGGCCGAAGAUACAAAGAAAGGUUUCAACAUUGCAGAGUUCUUCAAGAAGGGUUCACCGAAAUACCUAAGGAAGAAGUACAAAGAAAGAAAGAAUCGUAAGUCUGACCUGAUAACUACGUCCGAAAGUGAGAGUGAAGACCCAGAAGCCUGCAAGAAAGAUUCCAACGGGUCCGUGCUAAAGAAAAACUACGAAAAUCAGUCAAGUCUAAAGGGAAGCCAUCGGUCCCUUAACGGCGCUCAGGACACAAAGAAAGAAGUCCGAUUUGAUCUUGAUUCUGAUGCUCGUGACAAAGACGUGGACAGCUCACCUGGGAAAAUCACGGGAAGUAGUGCCUCAAAACAACCUUCAUCUGGCGAGGCUCUCACAAGGCACGUGGUUCUGUCCAGCCAGAGAGUAGUGACCUGCGAACCGCAGCAACAAGAGACUGUUGUACUGAAGGAGUCGCAGGAAAUCGUGCAGGUGCAGACGGUGCCUCCUGAACAUCCUUCCUACGCCCUGCCAGUUGUCGUCGAGGACAUCAAUAGCCGAGCAGAGUCUAUCCUCCCGAAGUUACCAGAACGAGUGAAGCCUCCCAGAAGAAAAAAGAUGAUACCAACGCCUGUACAGGAAAUAAGUAACCAGUCGGCAGACCAGGACUCGGGCAGCAGGUCAAGAAAGGUGGCCGACGCCAGGGCCGAAUUCCUGAAAAGCAUGGCUCCGGGGAAGGAGUCGGCGCCCACUCUUCUCCCCUGUGAAGAGUUUAAUGUUUCAAAGACUUCGUCUACAGCGGUCGAGAUGAAAAAAUCCACUGAAACAACAGAAGAUAUACCAGAUUCCACAUUACAGAGUUUCAAUCAGCAGCUGCAGCCUACACAGCAAUUUGGGGAGUCGGCAGUCACCGAUACUGACAGUGUUUCAUCGCCGCCACGUCCCCCCUUCCCCAAGCCAUCGGAAGAGAUAGCUCCAGAGUCAUUGAUGCAGGAGGACGCCUCGGUGACUGCAACGAUCCAGUCCACAUCAGUAGCAAGUGACUCAAAUGUCUCCUCCCAGGAGGAGGUAUUGGUUGCCCCCAUUCCCGUGACUUCCGUAGCCUCGAUAUCCAUAGCAUCGCCUGAGCCCACCAAGGUAGUGCAGCCCCCGAGAACCCUGCCUCUGCCCGUGAUUCAGGAGAGCAUGCACGAGGACCAGAUUUCUCUAUUGACCCCCAGCGAGCCAACCACCGUCUCCAGCAGUUACGGAGAUACCACGCCUGCCACGCCCCCAUUUGAGGACAACCUUCCUUCACUUUACGAUAAUGUUAACCCUUUCAAGGCAAUGUUGGAACAAGAAAAGAUGAUGGAAGAUAUUAUUUCCGCCCAGGCCACAGCGCCCACCUGCCAGGCCACAGCGCCCACAUACCAGGCCACAGCGCCCACAUGCCAGGCCACAGCGCCCACCUGCCAGACAGAAAACAAAACAGAGGUUACGACAGAGAUAAUUGAACAAAAUGCACAACCUAUCGCUAAAAACUUGAAUCUCAGUCUCUCGCAGGCAGCUCGCAAGAGCCCUGAAGCAGAGAAGUUUGAGAUUGUUGAUAUUGACUCCUUAGCAGCGAUAACCGCAGAAAUGUUCAAGUUUGCUGAAGAAAUGGAGAAGGAAGUCCCAAAGAAAACUUCCAGACCGCCGCACAGGAUAAACACUGGUGCGCGGAGACGAGCCGCAGCCCGCGACAUGGGCACACACACACCACAGAGAAGAGUGGAGACAAGGGAGGUUGGUACCGAGCCCUAUACCACACCAGUGAGGAGGAGAGAGAUGAGCACCACCAUCGGCAUACAAACUGAGACGAGCUCCGUACGUACAUACCACGAGGCAGCCUCCCAGACUGACACAGAGUACGAAACUGACCUCGAGACUGAGUCGGAAAUAGAAGAUAACCAGAACAAAAAGUAUGACGCCAGUAAAUGGACGUUUGGGCCCGUCAGGGAGCAAACCCUUCCCCUGGCGUCGCCGCAGGAGCCUCAGCUGCAGCAUCUGCACAAACAGCAGCAGAGGCUGAUCCAAGAAUUGCAAAAACAAACCGUGAUGCAACCGAAUAAGGAAAAAGAAAAACCUGAAGCUCCACCAAGGCAUUAUCAGGACAAGAUGCCGCUAAAGGUUGUGGCAGAGCUGAAGAAUAUAUUGGCAGACCUCGAGCACCCCAAGCCCGCACCGAGCAGAGCAGUGGUUCAGCCCCCGCGCUGGGACGAUCAGCUGUUGUGGCCGCACGCCUUGCAGGAGCUUGGUCUCGACGAAUCAACUCUCCUGAAUGAGAUCGAACAGAUUCUCGGAGUUGGUUCUCUGACUUCGAAGUCCGGCAAAGCUUCAGAAGUCUCUCCCGCCCGUCCGGAAAAGGAAAAGGAAAAGUCCCCGAGUCCGGUUAAGCCCAAGUCGGACCGUGGAGUCUCUCAAAAGCCCCAAGUUCCGGAGAGGGCUUCGAGCAGAGGAGUGUGGACCCCCGGGAAGGGAAGCGACGAACGAGACGCCUCCGGACCCUCCAGAAUCGACCUUCCUGACCUUCCGUCGUUCAAGGAUCAGCCGAACGUGUGGACGCCGGCGAGGGCGGGCAGCGCGAGCCCCAACCUGGGACGCAAGGAGUAUCGCAAGAUCACCUACGAUAAUCAGUCCUCCCCCCAGCGACGCCCCUCGCAGGAGAAUAUCACGGUGCCGUCACCCGAGGAGAGCUUCGCGUGGAGGGACGCCAACGUGGACAAGGUGGCCCGCUCCCCCACCUCCACCCUGCCCAAGGUUCAGAACCCCACCGUCACCCUCCUGCAGAAGAAGCGAGAUGAACCGCAUUCGACCCCAGAGGGACAGAUUCCCGGCAAGCGACCCGAGUACCUGAAGCCUGAUGACGGGCCCAAGUACCGACCUGACGACAAACUGUACGUCAUCAAGAGGGAGUACGAGAGCGAGGAGGAGGGCGGUGCGGGGCGCCGCUUCGCCGUGCUGGGCCCCAAGAAGGUUGCGGGUGUGGGGCCCACCACCAACGAUGGGGUCCCCACCACCCUCAAGUCGGGCGUGAAGUCGGAGCAUCAGGGAGAGUGGUACAAGAGGAUGUUCGACUCACUGCACAAGAUCAAAGAUGACUCACCUAGAUAUAAAUACAAGCAAACUCGAGCGCGGUACGGAGGCUACAUGUCCGAACCUGAAGGCUACGACUCUGACAUCGGCGGCGGCACGCUGCGCUACGCCACCGUGGACCGCCGCCGCGGGCCCUCUUACGAGGCCGACCCCAUGACCUCCAGCCUCCCCAGAGAGUGCCUCAUCGACCUGGACCCGUACGCCAGGUAGGUGCCCC